AUGUUUGAUUGGAACGACGAAGAGUUAACUAACAUAAUAUGGGAUGAGGAUGACAGAGACAACCAUACUGUACCUAAUCCAGAGGCAAGUGAAGCUUAUAGCAGGAAGAUGGAAUGGACUCAUGAAGCUAGUAACAGUAAGCAAGAGGAGCAGAAGGCUCCUGCAACUGAAGUUGCUAUCCAUGGCCGAAAGCUAGAGAGCACUUCAAACAUCAACAAUGGGGAAGGAACUUCUGCCUCAGGAUAUCACAUGGACCCUUGGCCUGGCAUAUCUGUAGCUAGAGCUUCCAAAACGAAUCAGGGUUCCUUGGAAACUUCCGGGUCUAGUUUAAGUGAGAUUACCAAAUUUGACUCUUCUGGAGGUGGUUUUGUGGCAGUAGAGGCGGCUGAUCCCGAUAAGGACCCUGAAAUUUACCGCAACCCUGAUGAGAGUGAGGGACAAGCUGGCUUUGUUGACUACAGUUGGGCUGAUAUCGGAAGCUUUGAUGACCUUGAUCAAAUAUUCAGCAAUGAUGAUUCCAUUUUUGGUAAUGUACAUCUUGGUAAUUCUGAUGAGAUGUGGUCUUCGUCGAAAGAAGUGUCGAGUAGCCCGGAGAAGUCCUUUCCCUUAUCCACAGAGUCUCCCAGUUUUAAAGUAGUGGUCCCAGGGGGUACAUCCGAGCACUAUGGUGCCAGAACAGGAUAUGCACAACAGGAGGAGCAGCAGGUUGCUCUUGGUUAUGCAAGAGCGAGUGAUCAGACAUGUUCUGCUGCACAGAGUGAACAUGCAGUUGGAAAGUCUGCAGAAUAUGGUGGAGGUGACAAUAAUGUCACUGUUAAUGAGCAGACAGAUUUGAUAGGACAAGGAAGAAAUCCUGCAGUGAACUCACAGCUUACUGUGGAAAGUUCUGUAAUGCCAAUGUUUUUGGCAGACAAGGUCCAUAAGCAAAAGAAGAACCUGAAAGGUCGGAAAAAGAUGAUGCAGAGAAGUGAAUUAGACUCAUGCCCGACUGCAUAUCAUAACUGGAAUACAUCAGGAACUCCUUCUGGUCAGUUCAAGGAUGUACUUGCACCUUCGAUAGUGCAAUCUUCUGCUCCAGUGCUCAAACAGCAAAGCCAGCAAGGAGAACCUGAAUCGAUACAGUACCAGCAAAUGCAAAUCUCCAGUCCAUUUGUGGCAUCCUCUGGUUAUGGGAAUGUUAAUAUAGCAAACCCUUGUUCAUCCAUGCCUUUGCUGUCUCAUGCUCAGUCUUUGGAAUUCAAGCAUCAGUCUUUGCUUCCUGGCUAUGAUGUGUCACCAAAUCAGUCUUCCAUAAACAAUUUGAACGGCACUGCAGUGAAAAGUAAGAUGAUGACAUCUCAGGAAAAAAUUGAAAAAUUAAGGAGGCGGCAGCAAAUGCGGGCUAUACUUGCCAUUCAAAAACAGCAACAGCAGUUUGUAAACCAUCAAGCUUCAUGCCGUGAUCAUCAAAUCAACAAAAGAGCGUGGGAAGAAACUCAAGUUCAGCAGAGUAGUGGUGAUAUGGAAGGAGUUGAGGACCCGAGUGGUCUAUCCACAUUUGAGCUGGGUUCACCACCUGAACAGGAUGAUUCCAGAAUGGUGUCUCUCUCUGUGAAAGACUAUGAAACGGAAGAGUCGACCCUUCACCAGCUUCAAGACAUAAUUGCAAAGUUGGAUGUCACGAUUCGACUUUGCAUACGAGAUAGCUUGUUUCGGUUGGCUCAAAGUGCAACGCAAAGGCAUUCUUUGAAUGACACCAGGUGUACAAACAUAAGUUGCAAGGAUGAACUUGGUGUUAAACAGCAAGCUGCCAGUGGUCAUGACAGGAAUACCAUGAUACCUGAAGAAGAAACCAAGACCAACCCAAUCGAUCGAAUCGUGGCUCAUUUGCUCUUUCAUAGACCUCGGGAGCUGCCCGGAAAACUCUGUGAUACCCCUGAAUCACCACCUGUCUCUUCCAAGCCCCCACAGGAACGCCAGGGUGUAUCAGAACAGCUAGGGAGCUUCCUCUCCGAGACACCGAGAGAUGAACAUCAGAACUUUUCGGGCUCUAAAACUUCUUGCCUAUCAGCUGAUCCCAACCUUACCGGUUGUCAGGCUCAAAAUGUUACAUCAUCGGGUUCAUCAGAGAAUGCAUCAAACAGCGGACAGGCAGACAAGGUUAGUAGAGGUGUGGAUUGUGGAAGCCUCGAUAUGAGCAAACACAGUGCUCUGCCCAUGGAGCCAUAA